CGUCUAUGUACAUAAAUCUGCCUCCAAAUCCCGCGGUCGUAGGUAUCUCUUCUUGCCCCUGCGGUGCAACCCUGCCACCACUGCCACUCCCAUCAGCUCGGGUCAUCCUCACUUGUGGAAAUGCUCGAGCAGCCUCAGGGAGGCCAGACUGGGGAAAAAAGGCCGGUGUGGCUGGGCUCGGCCUGGUGGGGCUGAGCAGGGGAGGGGGAGGCGCUGCGCCGCUCCCCGGCUCAUUCUGGGUAAAGGGUUGGUCUUUCUGAACCUCAGAAGGUGGUGGAACCACAUCCUGGUCACACCCGCCCACCCCUCGCCCUCUCCCUGCUCAGCCUGGCGCUGCCUUCCUAACCACCUACCCCGGCCGUGCGGGUUCCCAGAACCAGACCCUGCGCCAGCAGUGUCCUGGCUCCUCAGGGGGCGAGCACUGGAAGCCGGGGCCCAGGCCGCAGAGGUCCUUGGCCAGGGAUGUGUGGGUCCUGGUUGUGCUAGGAAGCUGCUAGCCGUCCGGUGUGGUGCCCGGAAGGCCUGGUCACGACAGUCCCCUGCCAGGCCACUGCUUCCUGUCUCAGAUGUCACCAGGUCCCCAGCACGGCACCCUCUUCUGGCAUGGCCUGGCCGCUGCUGCUCAUCUUCAUCGCUGUCCACCCAGGCGGCCCGCCCCACGCUGCUGCUGCGCGCCGGGCUCUUCGCCUUGGGCUUCCUGUCCGUGGCCCUGGGCAGCGUCCUGUGUCUCCAGGGCAGAGGUCACCGCCCCAGGGGGACACACCGCCGCGCAACCCCUCCGACAGCCUCUGAGAAGUGACCCCAGGUCCCUGCGACCCCUGGUUCUCUUCCAGCGACCCCAAUAAAUCCUGCCCGGCGCUACCUCC